AUGUCUUUCGACUCGGACUCAGAGGAUGAACUCCCGUCCAACUUACGCCUGUCUGAUGACUACACCCUCACGGAACGGAUCGGCUACCCAAGCUGGGAAAUUCGCGUCAGGCUCCUCUUGAUCACUCACGGCCUCCUAAAGCACAUCACCAAAACCCCCUCCGAGAUCGAAACCUCGUUAGAGACCGCCAAUCCUCCCUCCUCCCCUUCAUCCUCCUCCCCUCCCAGCCCCUCCCACGCCCGUAUCGCACUAGCGGCCGCUCGGAGACGUCUCGAGCACGAGCGCUACAUCGUCUGCUCGGUGCUCUACUUCGGCCUUUCGAAGAACUACCAAGCUUCGCUCCCAUGGGGUCUGCUGAAGUGGAGCGAUCCGCAACCCAAGGCCCUCUACGACCACAUCAAGGCCACGUACGGCGCCAACGUCGGCUCGGGCCCCGAGUACACCCGUCUCUGGGCCGAGGUGCUCAGCAACGACCUCAUCAUCCGUGAUCCGGAGGACCCGCUGCCCAAGCUGGCCAUCAUGGAGCGGAAAUGGGGCCAGAUCCUCAUGUCGGUUCCGAGCGACGAGGUGCGGCAGUACGUGCUGGGCCUCGCCCCGCACGCUAUCCUGCGGAACCUGCCAGAGUCUCUAGCAGGGGUGAGAAUAAAUUUGAUGUUACGGGAAAAGCUGGACUUUGUUGAGAUGUUGGAGGCGAUCAAGGGGACCGCCAGCCUCAUGAUGGACAUCGCUAUCCUCCCCAAGGCUGCGUCAGCAAGCAGGCCAGGCUCUCACUAG